UGUUUUCACACUCCCGUCAGGGUGGCGCUCUUUUCGGAAACGCUCGGCUAUUUCCGUGACCCCUCACCGGGCGCCGCCGAGGCACUGCCGGUCGGAGCAGCCGUUGGCCGGGCGCGCCCGGCUGAUUGGCCGAAGGAACCCAGGGCCGCGCCGCCUUUCUCUUUCCCGCACUGGUGGGCCAAGAGGGAGGAGGGCUACGCUGGGGCAACCAGCUUUCUCGGUGUGAGCCAGCAGGGCGGGAACGCCAGGCAGGCACUUGAUGUACAGGCAGGAACCAUUUUGUGUACUGCUCGUCUUCUGCGAGGAAGCGCUCAGCGAGUGCAGAAGGCUGCUGCGGAACGGGACUUAAGGGAGCAUUGGAAGAGUUUGGGGAGAAUGACUCAGCAGGGAGCUGUUCUUCAGGGUUACAAUAAUGAGCUAGUGAAAUGCAUUGAAGACUUGUGUAUGCAAAAAGAAGAAUUGAACAAGCAAAUCCAGCAAGCAGAAGAGGAAAAAAAAAAACUCCAGCAUGAAAUACAGAUCCUGAGUAAACAACUGGAGUGUGUAUGUGAAAACCUGGCCCAAAAGGUAGCUUCACGGAAUGAGCUUGAUGCAAUUCUUGCUGAAACUGAAGCUGCUUACAUGAAGAUUUUGGACAGUUCUAGAACUCUGCUCAGUGUCCUGAAGAAAGAGGUGGGAAGCUUAAAGCAUACACCAGAAUUGAAAACCAAUGUAACAUGAAACAGUCAAAAGUUUGGACUCCACAGUGCUAAAAUUCUACUAGGUGAGAAAUGUGGUUAGCCACGGAAAUUUAUAUGAACAGUAUAAGCAGAGAGGGAUUUUUCGUCCAACCUUUCUGUAUGUUUUGUUAUUGUUUUUAAAUGUGCUAGAAAAUAGAUUAAAUAAAGUUGCCUUUUUGCU